GUUUGACAUUGUGGGAUAAGAAAACCCUAGAAGAGAACACAGUUGAAAACUCUCAGCACAGCAGUAAAUUGGACAUUUCUGCAUCUGACUCCAUCGAUUCCAAGGCCUCUCAGCUGGAGGUUGAAUCUUCUCUGAAGGCCAGUUUCCUGAGUGGAAUGAUUGAAGUUGGAGGGUCUGCCAAGUAUUUAAAUGAUAAGAAGAGAUUCAAGAAUCAGAGCAGAGUGACUUGUCAGUACAAAGCCACCACCUACUUCAGAGAGUUGUCGAUGCUUCACCUUCUCAAAAUGAGCCAAGAACAGGCCAACAUCAUGAAGAACAGCUCGGCAACACAUGUGGUCACCGCCAUCCUUUUCGGGGCAAAUGCUUUCUUUGUGUUUGACAGUAGGAAGUUGGGAGCCAGCAAGGUUCAGGACCUCCAGUAUGGCAUGGAAGCUAUGAUACAGAAGAUCCCCACGUUUGUUAACAGUGAGGGGAAAACUGAAAUCAAGCUGAAUGAUGAUGAAAAAGCCCUGACCAAGGAAUUCUCCUGCAAGUUCUACGGAGACUUCAUUCUUGAAAGCAACCCUACAACGUUUGAAGAGGCAGUGCAAACCUAUGAAAAACUUCCAAAGCUGCUGGGAGAAAAAGGAGAGAAUGCUGUUCCAGUGAAGGUCUGGCUGAUGCCCCUGAAAAAUAUGGAUACUGAAGCUCCUGAGCUGACGAAGAGGAUCAGCAUUGGGCUAGUGAGGAAGAUGGAGGAUGCUCUGGAAGAUUUAGGGGAAGUAGUUAUGAGAUGCAAUGAUUCUCUGUUAGAUGGAGUGGUAGAAAAUUUUCCACAGAUGGAAAAACAGUUAGGCACUUUCCAAAAAUUGUGUGAUCAUUACACAACUAAACUCCAGAGGACCUUUGCGAAGAAACUUCCCUCCAUCCGCGAAGGUCAGGAAAAUGAAAGUGCAGCAGAAGAACUCUUCAAUGAAAGGAACAAGUCACCAUUCAGUCAUGAAAACCUGAACAAGUGGCUGAGUCACAAAGAGAGAGAAAUCAACAUCAUCAAGUCCUGUGUCGAUACCAUGGAGGGCAUAAAAGUCGUCCCAAAUAAGUCUGAGCUAGACAGAGAGGUUCUUACUCCAGGUGUAGAGCAUGCUCUGUGCUUUGUUUUCACCUCCCUGACGAGUGCUGACCCUGGCCUUGAUGAGUUAGCUAACUACCUGGACUCAGGCAGUGAAUUAGAAGUAACCAAAGAAGAUCCAUGGUACGUCUCAGCUGAAGUUUUCACCAAAAUGAGAGAAAAAGCCAAAACUUUAAGUCAUUAUGCCAAAGCCCAGAAGAACAACAACAGGGUGCAUUUCUUUAUAGCAGCCAUUGAAAAUGAGAAAUACGCAGGAGCGACUGUAUACCUUUACAAUAACGGCAUUCUGGCCUGUGAAAACUAUUCAAAGCCUGAAGUCCCCGAUGUCGAGACCAUCACAAAAAGAAAAGAUUUGAUCAUUUGUAAGUCAUUUUUUAUGCUGCAUUUUGUUUGUUUAAGUGAAAAAUGUUGUACGAAUACCUGUUCUCCAGAAACCUGUUUGACCAUCACAAUAAUUAAUACCUCAGGGCUGUUAAAUGAUUAACGUUAAACUAAUUAA